GGUUUUACUUGAGGAAUGCGUGUUGGCAACUUGCUUUUCUUAUCUAAAUUGACACUAUCAGCGAUGGAUCAGGUUAUCUGAGUGAGUAAACAACAAAUUUAUCAUCACUCCUUCCGUCAAAUACAAUGAAGUGGUAGAGACAGUCAAUUCAUCCAAUUUAUACUACUGAUUAGAAAAAUUUAGAAACAAAAAGUCAAAAUUGGGAUGGCGUCACCGAAGCAAAGGUUUGAGGAAUACGAGCCGGCUGACGAGGCGUUUCAUGGCGUGGCUCCGUCGGUAGGACAAGGGCAACGAAGUUACGACCUAAUUGCGGCUCAAUGUGGAACCACGGCACAAACUUUGGAAGGAUAUGCAAAAAUUCGGAGACUCAAACCAAACUGCAAAAUCUAUCAGCAUAUUAACAACUAUGCGACAAAAAGUUCUGGAGGGGUGAACGUGGGGAUCAAGAAUAUUUACAAAAUUAGUCGGAGAAAUGAACGGCGUCCCUUCUCAGAAUCCUAUAGAAUGCUGCUCUGGCAUGGCACGAAGCCUGGCAAUGUUCCAGGAAUUAUUCAGACAGGAUUCAGACCCGGAAGUGGGGGAUUAUUCGGAGGUGGGAUUUAUUUUGCGGAUCGAAUUGGAAAGAGCUUAGGAUACACUGGAAAGACCGGAAGUAAUGUGGGUUAUCUUUUCAUCGCCGAAGUUAACUUGGGAAAAGUUUUUAAAGCACAUCACACCCACUCGAACUACACAUCUGCACCUCCCGGAUUUCACACGGUGAAAGGGAACGGAUCUCAAAUUCCUACGUGGCGUCAGAACGUGUCCUAUAAUGGGGCUAUCCUACCGUGUGGCGAGACUCGUCAAAAUUCAAGAUUCCCGUCGUUUGACUUAUCAUACAGUGAAUAUAUUGUAUAUGACCCGGAUCGGGUGAUUCUUAGAUUUUUAGUCGAGUGUACAUGGUAAACAGGAAAAGCGAUAAAAUGACGAUAAAGGCUGAAUAAAGUAAGUGUAGAUUACGUUUGUCGAUUGGUACAUGUUGUAAGUACCUUUGAAUUUAUAAUUUAUUCCGAUGAUUAAAGUUGAUCCACCAUUCAUCCGUCUCACUUACAAAUUAAGAAAUAAAUGUGUAUAUAGCGGCCGUGUUACUGACAAAUACAUUCAAGUGAAAUAUACAUGUGCAAAUAAGCCAACAAAUUGUUUUUAUUACAUUUACAUAUGAAUAAAAACUUGACUAAUCCUGUAA